GGUACGUGGUGCAACAAAACCCCGUGACGAAAAGCUCUAGCUACUUUUCUCUCUCCAAAAAUUUUUUUUUCCUUUUCUUUCCCCUCGGUUGCUCAUCGUGGGUUCCCCAUCCUACCACCACCUUGACCCUUCCCCCAGUCGCUUUUCCAUGUCUUAUUCCAGCACAUAAUUGCAUCACAAUGCGGGGAGUACAGAUUUUCUCUGGGACAUCGCAUCCCACACUUGCUAAGGUGGUCUGCGACCGGUUAGGGACUCAACCCGCCCGGGCAGACUUAGGUAAAUUCGCCAAUGGGGAGACAAGUGUGAACAUUGGUGUCUCAGUACGGAACCAAGAUGUCUAUAUUGUCCAGAGUGGCAGUGAGAAGAUCAAUGACAGUGUCAUGGAACUCUUGAUCAUGAUCUCUGCCUGCAAAGGAGGUUCUGCGAAGUCCAUCACAGCGGUCAUACCGUAUUUCCCAUACUCUCGCCAAUCUAAAAAGAAGAGCCACCGUGGUGCGAUCACCGCCCGCAUGCUGGCAAAUCUCCUCUCAGUUGCUGGAGUAGACCAUGUGAUAACAUUGGACUUGCAUGCAUCCCAGAUGCAGGGCUUCUUCGGCAAACCCGUGGACAACCUGUUUGCCGAACCCUAUAUCGCUCGUUGGAUCCGCAUGAAUGUUCCUGGCUGGAAGGAGGCAGUCGUUGUCAGCAAGAAUGCCGGGGGUACUAAGCGUGUUACUUCAUUGGCGGACACCCUGAAGCUCAACUUCGGCAUUGUCACUACCGAUAGGCGGCGUCCCAAGAUGAGUAUGGCAAUGACAGACAGCACGGUCUUCUUUGACUCUAUAGAUGAAGACUGCACGCCCGUCCAAAAAGAGGACGAUCCGUUUGUGCUCCACGUACAGACUGGAAAUCAUGGCGAUUCGCAAACCGAAGAGGUGCAUAGGCUAUCUGAUAACAUGGAAUCAUUGUUAUCGGCAAAUGCCUUGCUUCCGGACAUUCUGACGGGUGCUCGACGCCCGUCAGAGUUAGAAGCUGCACACGGGUGUACAGAUGUCCGAGUACACGACGUUAUCACUGGGCGACUCGUAGAGGGUCACCUCGUCGAUGAUGAUUAUCCCCCAGUCGAUUCUACACCUGCAUCGGGAGACACUACCCCCGGGCAUACUGUAGCAGAGAAUGAUUCUGUUCCUGAUCAAAUGAUGGAAUCGUUUGUCUCCAACACAUCUUCUUUACCCGGUGACCAUGCUCUUGGCGGCUCGUUUGAUGCUGCCGAAUCUUCUGAUGAAGAAGGUAGUGUUGGGCGAGCUGUCGAGCGGGAGAAGACCAUUACUUUCGUGGGCGACGUCCGUGACAGGACUGUGUUCAUCGUCGAUGACAUGAUUGACAAAAGCGGAUCAUGGAUUGCUGCUGCAGAAACUGUUGUGAAGAAGGGUGGCGCUAGGAAGGUCUACUGCAUCGCAACCCACGGACUCUUCGGGGACAAAUCCCUUGAGCAAAUGGAAGAAUGCAACGCGAUUGACUACAUCGUAGUGACCAACACUUUCCCUAUCUCGGAACAGAUGGUUAAGAAGUCGAAGAAGUUGGUCGUCAUCGAUAUAUCGACUCUCAUCUCAGAGAGCAUUAGACGCCAUCAUUAUGGUGAAAGUGUUUCGGCACUUUUCCAUCUGAACGACUAACGUGUAUUCUUCAACUGCGCCUUUUUCUGAACCUAUGCUUUUGGCGGGGGUAAAAUCUCGCCACUGUACCCACUACGGUAAAACAAGAACAUGACGCAUUGAUUGAUGAUGACUUCAAGCGAGUAACGACUUGAAAAAUGAUGAAUUUCUUAUCCUCUAUACCAGAUGGCGGUUACUUGCUUUCACUUGGCAGUCUUCUGCUUUAUCCCGUACAAUCAUGGCCGUACAUCUCCCAUGAUACCUUAGGUGGUUUCUUUCUAACGAGUUUCAAAACCUUUGCCCUAUCCGGGCGUCGAUUCAACAUACUUAUCUCAGCGUCGCACAAACGA